AUGUAUCGUCAAAUAUUAGUACAUCCAGACGAUCAGAAAUACCAGCUUAUCUUAUGGCGUAAUAACUCUUCCCAGGACCUCUCCACCUACCAGCUGGCUACAGUCACAUAUGGGGUCAACAGCAGCCCCUAUCUCGCUAUUAGAACGCUUCAUCAGCUAGCUAAAGACGAGGGUGAGGCGUUUCCUGCUGCUGCUCAAGUUUUAACUUCCAAUACGUAUGUUGAUGAUAUAAUCGCAGGUGCUGACACGGUCGAAGAUGUUCUAGAACUUCAAAGCCAGAUAAUUAGCCUUCUGUCCCGUGGUGGAUUUGAACUCCGGAAGUGGUCAUCCAACGCUAAGGAACUCCUUCAAGCUCUGCCCCAAGAACAUCUUGAAUUACCUGUAUUUCUGGAACAUGCUAAAGAACCUCUAUUUUCAAUAUUAGGACUGCAAUGGUCACCAGUUUCUGAUUGUUUCACUUUCAAUAUACAUUUCUCUGAUGCAGCUAAUGAGACACCCACCAAACGUCGUGUGCUCAGCUUGGUUGCUAAAAUCUACGACCCGUGUGGCUUUCUAGCUCCGUGUACAAUGCAAGCAAAAUGCUUUAUACAGCUGCUCUGGACCACAGGAUUAAACUGGGACGAAGAGCUCUCAAGUGACUUAACUUCAAUAUGGCAAAACUUUGUAACUAAUACUCAAUCUCUCUCCAAUAUUCAGAUCCCCAGAGCAUUCCAGUUUUCAGUUUCAAGCGCUAUUGAACUUCACGGCUUCUCAGAUGCCUCAGAAAGCGGUUAUGCCGCAGUUCUCUAUUUCAGAUGCAAACUCUCAUCCGGUGAUGUCACUGUACGUCAAAUAUUGGCGAAAACUCGUGUAUCUCCACUAAAACGAGUCACUCUACCUCGUCUCGAGCUAUGUGCUGCUCAUCUCCUUGCUCAACUAGCAUCAUACUGCCUCUCUAUGUUUACAAAUAAAGUUACAUUCUCUCGUACUGUUCUAUGGUGUGACUCUUCCAUCACUCUAACGUGGCUUCAAACACCACCAUACAGACUGAAAACUUAUGUGGCAAACAGAGUAGCUCAGACUCAAGAACUUUUCCCCUCACAUUGCUGGCGUUACAUACCCAGUCAGGAUAACCCCGCAGAUUGCGCCUCUCGGGGAAUAACUGCCACUCAGCUCCAAAAUCACCCCUUGUGGUGGACCGGGCCAUCUUGGCUCUCUCAGCCUUGUGAAGACUGGCCUAAUAGACAAUUUACACCUGUCAAUUUAGAUAACUCAGAAGAAACAAAAGGGGCUGAACUUUUUGUCUUCACUUCGAACUCCAACCCUGAAUGGGAACUUUUGACAAGAUUUUCCUCGUGGACUAAACUCGUACGCAUUACAGCUUACAUUCAUCGCUUCGUUUACAAUGCGAGAAGAUCGAACAAGCUGCGAAGUUCUCUCACUACAAAUGAACUCAAGUCAUCAACCACAAAAAUUAUCCAACUUGUUCAAAAAUCAUGUUUUUUCUGA